GUAGGAAAAAUUCAAGCAUUUAUUUUUUUUCUUUCUUUCUUUCUAGAUUUUGAAUGUUCUCUUUUUCUCAAUGCAGGAAACUUAUUGUUUAUCGCAGAAGUCCAUGAUUAUGAUAGUCAGCAUUAUUAGAUCAACUAAACAUUGAAAAAUUAAUCAAAACCAAGACCAAAAAGUUGGCCAAAUUUUUUUUAUUUGAAAAAAAUAAAUUGGCUUUCACACCUUCGGCUUAUAAUUCAACCUUGUUAUUUGUCAGUAACAAGACUUCAUAUUUCAAGAAUUAAGAUGACAUUUUUAUUGUCUACCUAUAUUUUUUUUUUAUAUUUUUUUUUUGUCUUACUAGAAGCAUAUAGUAAAUAUUUUAUUCUUAUGCUUUGUGAUCUUAGUAGUUUUCAAUGACAAUGAUUUCUGUGUUAAUAAUAUUUAUAAUUUCAGACUUUGGUUUUUUCAAACCCCUUUAAUCAGAUAUUACCUUGGACGGCUGUAACAAGAAUAUAGCAAAUAUAAUCUGUGUUAUAUUUUUAAGAAUUAUUCAAACUUGCAUAUUAGGUGUUUGAGAUUUGUUUUCACUCACUCAUGAUGAAGUCCUUUGGUACCUCUCCUAGGAAAUGCUUUUCAAGUUCCAACUCUGACGAUAGCUUUGAAUCCACCAUAACAAACAAAGAAAGUGUAGAGAGUGGCACAAGAAAAAAAGGCAGCAGUUUUGCAUCUAGAAUUCAUGAACAUGUAAAACUUGGUUCAAAACUAUCUGAGACUUUAAAGGGAAAGUUGAAUUUGGGAAAAAAGAUUAUACAAAAAGGUGGGAGAGGGAACAUUUUUAAGUACAUUUUUGGGAUGCAAGAAGAUGAGAAACUCUUGAAGGCUUCUCAGUGCUAUUUAUACACCACAGCUGGUCCUAUUGCUGGGGUUCUAUUUGUUUCCACCAAAAAGGUUGCAUUUUGCAGUGAAAAUCACAUAACUUUUUCUUCUUCAUCUGGAGAGUUAGUUAGUGCACCUUACAAGGUUUUGAUACCAGUACAAAAGAUCAGAGAAGUAAAUGAAAGCCAGAAUGUGAACAAGUUAAAGCAGAAGUACAUAGAAAUAGUUACUGAAGAUGAGUAUGAAUUUUGGUUUAUGGGAUUUUUGAGGUAUAAAAAAGCUUUAAAGAAUCUCCAUAAAGCAAUUUCUAAUACAAAUUAAUCACAGAAAAAAGAAAAUUUAUUGAUUGUAAUACAUCAAGUAGUUUUGUCACAUUAGAUUUGAUGAGAUUGAAAAGUUUUUUUUUUGUAUGACCAUUUUUUGUAGCUUUAGUAUUAAUAUAAUCUGUGUUCUGUCUUUUUUCCUUUCUUUGAAGCAAAAAAUGUGUAUAAACUUAAAGGAGCCAAAAUAGUGAUACUAGUUGAAAUAUGAAUUGUUUAUAAUUUGUGUUGUU